AUGGAAAACUUAUAGCAAUUUUUUGAAAACCUGAUGGAUGAUUAAGAAAGUAAUCUAAUUUUAUAAUAAUUUUAGUUACAAUUACAGACUAUUCUUGUAGCAAAUGCAAGUAAGUUUGUAAGACAAAAAUGUUAAAAAAAAAUAUUCCAAAUUUUUCACAUAUUAUAAUUUUUACAUUUAAUUGUUAGUAUUGUGGGUAUAAAAAUGAUGAAGUAAGAUUUAAAGAUGAAAAAAAAGAAAAGGGUAUUAGAUUAUAAUUAAAAAUUGACCAUCCUUCAGUAUGUCUCAUAAUUUUUAUAUUAGUAACUUUAAAGGAAAAUAAUUAGAUCAUAAUAAUGCAAGAUAUCUAUUCCUGAAUUAGAAUUAAAAAUUUAAACAACUAAGAAGAGUAGUAUAAAUACAUUAGAAGGAUUUAUAUAAAUUUCUAUUGAUGAAUUAUCAAGAGAUUAAUCUGAAAGAAAGAAUUGUUAAGGAUAAUUAUAUUCUGGCAUUCAAUUUAUAAUUGAGAAUUUAUAAUAAUUUAAAUAAGGUAAACGUCUUCCUUUUCAUUGGAUAAUGGAAGAUCCAUCAGGGAAUAGUUUUAUUAUGAAUCUUAAUUAAUCACCUUAAGAUGAAUCUUUAGAUAUUUAAUAUUUUACAAGAGAAGAGGAAUAAUUUGAAACUAUUUUUAAAAAAUAAUCAGAUAUUAAAGAAGAUGAUAUUAUUUAAGAGGAAUAACCAAGGCCAAAAUAGUAAUUUUAUUUGAAAAUAAGAGGGUUACCAUUUUAAUGCACUAAAUAAGAUUUAUUAAAUUUUUUGGAAAUGCCUAGACUUAAAAAAGAAAAUUUGAUGAUGAAAUUUUAAUAAAAUGGAUUGUUUAAUGGUGAAGCAUAUAUAUAAAUAUUUUCAAUUGAAGAUUCUGAUUAUUUAAGAACAUUUCAUAAAUCUUAAAUGGAUCAUCGUUAUCUUGAAAUAUUUAAUAGUAAUUUUGAUGAGUUUUAAAAAGCAUAAUAAUCAAAUCAAUAUUUAAAGUAAAGAAAUCCAAAGAUUUAAUCUGAAUUAAGUAAUUUAAAUGAAGAAAAUGAAUAUUAAUGUAAAUAGUAAGGAGUACUUAAAUUAAGAGGAUUGCCAUGGUCAAGUAAUGAAAAAGAUGUACGAAAUUUCUUUUAGAGUAAUGAUUAAUUUAUCAUAAUUAGAUAAUUCAAAGAUUAAAUCAGUUAAAUUAUUAUAUGAUGAUAAUGGUAAAGCCAAAGGUUAAUGUUUUGUAGUUGUUAAAAAUUUAGAGACAGCUGAAAAAUUAAAAAAAAAAUAUCAUAAGAAAUCAAUUGGUUCUCGUUAUAUUGAAGUAAUAAUAAUAAUUUAAAGUAGGUUUUUAUAUGCAGUUAAAGAGAAUACCUUGAUUGUUUUUAAAAAAAUAAUUCUGAUAGAAAGAGAAGUAUCAGUCCUUGA